UAAUGUGGUCAGCGGCUCACCCUCAAAGAAGAUUUCAAGAUGGAGGCGCGAGUAUCGGGUGCAGUAAUGGCGUCUCUUUUUCAGGAGCUCACCAAAGGUCAAAACGACGUGGAGGGUUUGUUGUUGGGAGAUUCUACGGGCAGAACGAUAAACACAAUCAGUGACUCACAAGCUGAGAAAUUGAGAUUUGAACGUAUUGCGACUAUCCAAGGAUUUAUACCAUGUAGCAGAGUAUUCAGCUUCUACAAUGAGGUUGGUAAAAUUGACAGUGAAAAGCUGAAGGAAACAUUGCAAAAUAGAGCACAGGAGGUCAUUGGGUGGUACAAAUACAGAAGAAACUCGCAAGCCCUUGUCACAAUGAGGGAGAGAUAUGUCCAUCAUAAUCUCAUGCAGGAGCUGGGAUUUCAGCCUGCACACGAGUUCCUGUUUGCUCUGUUCACCUCAUGCUGUCCAUUAGGAAUGGCAACUCACCUGUAUAACUACCAGGUUUUAUCAGCUAACCAAAUGAAAAGCAAUUUCAAAUCCCACAAGUUAAAAGUUGUGAACCUUAGAGACACUUCGCACUCUGAGUAUCGCUUGCAGCCUCAGAGCAUCAGAACAAAAUGUGAAAGAUUUAACAAUAUCAUUGAUGAUUACAGAGAUGAUUUAGUUAGAUCUGAUGGCUGCUUAACAACUCACACCAUGUGCAUGCAGCUAAUGAUCAAGAUGAAGGAUCUUGUGGAGGAAGUGAAAAAUAGUGAGUCUACGGUCCUUGCUAUGGAGCAUGAAGUUUGUAAACUCAGAGAAAAAGUUCUAAGAAAAAGAGAAAUGAUUCAGAGCUCAGCUCAAAACACAUCUGAAACAAGACCAGCCCAGCCCGGAAGUAACAAAUCCUCCAAUACGAAAGCCCCUCAGCCUGGGGGGUCCAAGGGUAAUCUCAUCGACUUGGACUUCGAAGAAGACUUUGAGCGUGUUGUCGAGGGGGCAGAGAUGCCUCCGAAACCCUCCAUAACAAAGUCUCCUUUUCGAUUUGGCCCCAAAGACGGGACUAAAUCUAUGGGAGUUGACAUUUCAUCCGCUAUACAUGAACAAGUGAAGGAUUUCUUUACAGAGAGUCAAACUCGACAUAAAGAUCACAAGUCUCAACUUGCAAGUAACCAUGAAGUACGUUUGAACUCUCAGAUACAGACUCUCGGCGAGGACGAAACACAAGAUUUUAGCCCAUCAGAAGAUAUGCACAGUAAUGGCACGACGUCACAAACUCUAGCAGCUUCUCCGGAAUUUUGAUUUUUUAGCCCCAGGCGUUCUUACAAGGGAUUGGGUUCCCUGUGGUUGGAAAGAAUUGUGACGUCACAGUAAACCAUCUACCCCAAACUCUGAGCUUGCUCUCCCCAGUCCGUCGCCUCACGGCCAACCACAGGAAUCCCGUAUAGUCUGCAAUAUUAUUAUAUUAUAUGUUCGUAGUAUUUUGUAAAUAGUCGACUGAUAUUCUGAUCUGAAACUUUUGAGGGGUUUGAAAACUUUUCACAAGCCAGCGCUAAACGUGCAAUUAUAGAUGGCCUGGAUCACGCGCGCAGAAUUUCAAAAAUCUUCAGAGGAACAUUGUUUAAGUGCAAGUGUUGUAUAAGGAACUGUAGCGUCAUAGUUGCUUUGAAGAUAUUUCAAUAGGGGACUCGAGCUAAAAGAUCACGUGACCUUGGGUGGCAAAUUCAAAACAAAAUUAUCAAACAAAAAAAUCAGCAAUGACUGCGUCCGUCACACCAGCGAACGAC